AUGUGCAAUGCAUGUUUUAUAGGUCAUGCACUAACCUUUUCAUUUGGAAGCUUAGAGACUUCUGAUUUCUAUUAUAACUAUUUUUCAAUCACAGCAGUUAUUGCAAAAAUCUUAAAUUCGAUUCUUAAACCAAGAAGGAUUCUUGAUGCAAAACCUAUAAAACAAGAGUUUAUUAAAAAGAGUUGGUUUGAAUAUGAAACUGAUGACGAGCCCUCUAUAUUGAAAAAGCUUAUUGAAAAGUUAGUAUCACCAAAAACUGCAUCAAGUAGUAUUGACAUGCAACCUCCAAUUGCAAACCUAGAAAAUCUUACUGAAUUGUAUGAGGCAAUCAUCACGGCUAAAGACAAAAAUAGAGAUACAAAUCAAGUAGUUAUUACGAGAUAUUAUUUGUUCAGGAAGGAACUUGAAAAAAUUUUUGACAGAUUUAAAGCAAUUAUAGAGAACGUAAGGCUUAGAGAUUUCUCGUCAAGAAAGUUACAAAACAGCUUUCAGGUGACCUCUCGAAAAAUGCCAUUGAGUAAAGAAUAG